UCAUUACUCGGAAAAUCCUUAUCUUCUGUUAUGCUGAAAAAGCAACUACUUGCUGGAGCUGUUCUACUAAUUGGAGCAGUGAAUAUGUUCUAUUACUAUCUUGAAGGUUACUUGAUCCGUUUUAUGCAAAUGUAUGAAUCAACGCAAUCAACGUUCACGAUGAGAGCUACCUUCUCUGCAUCUUUUUCGUUGAGUGUCGGCCGAGAAGCGUUAGAUCCUGAAGCGAUGCCGGCUUCGGCUGCAAGCGCUGACUUUGGACCUAAUGACCUUCAGAUACCGGCUUUGAAAAUCGGCAUCGUAACAGUACUGGGAGCAUAUGGCGACCGUGCAAAGUAUCAAACUGCAAUGAGUACGAUGGAAUGCUAUGCUCUCAGACACAACUACACCUAUUUGGUACUGAUUGCAACAGAUUACAGAAAGGAAUGCGCUCAGAAAGAUGUCACUUUUCAACGGCAUUGUAUCGUAGCAAAAGCACUCGGAUCAUUCGAUUGGAUUCUCUUCGUUGAUGCAGAUAUUGGAGUGGUCAAUGAAAAUAGUAAAUUGGAGAAAUUUCUCGACUCGACCAAGGACAUCAUCUUCUACAGUAGAUUUUUCAACCACGAAAUUAUGGCUGGAUCGUACCUCGUAAAGCGAAGUGAAUUUUCAAAACGGUUUCUCCAUGGAUGGGCAGACUAUGAGUUUUCUUUGCCGAAAUCCUUUCAUGGUAGAGAUAAUGGGGCCAUUCAUAUGUGGGUCGUCAAACAAGCACCUUCACCUGACCUAGAAGAAUGUGAAGAGCUAUGGAAUGCAGCAAAGGACUACACCAGUCUAUCGUACUAUACUGUGUGCUGCCGGCAAAUUUUGCAGAAAGCAAUUUCACCAAACAUCAAAAUUCUAGAAAAGGGGCAAGGAUGGGCUCGAGAUGGAUGGCUGACGAAUGGUCAUUGGAAUCCCGAAAUUGACUUCAUGCAACUGGAUGGACCUCAGUUUUUCCCAUGGUUCGAUACGCUAAGUUCACCAGUAAUAAUUGAGGAGUGCGGAAAAGAAGAACUUCACUGGAACCACGAUCCUCAUCUGAUUCUGUCGAAGGUUACAAUUCUCCAACACUUGGACAAGUGGAAGAAAUUCGUUGAUAAGGAUUUUCAGCUUGUGGCUGAGAAGAUCAGAGGCAGAGGCAGAUCGACAAAGGCAAAUACCUUGGUAUCUCGACAUGGAGUUUCUAAGAACGAUAUAUAG